AUGAAAGCUCAACUAAGAUAUACCUUAUCGGCAAAGAAAAGACGGGGAAAUGAUGAACGGAAUGUGUCCCCAAAUCAGUCAGAUGCUGAUGAAAAUGUCAAGUCAAAACCGAUUCGACGAAAGUUUAAAACAUUAUUAAUACACAAUUUAAAGUAUCUGCGACCAUUGAAAGAAAAUCAAGGGACUUUCUUGGCACAGAACUGCCCAGUCAAUGAAUGCCUGGUUACAUAUGACAAAACAAAGCGUGACAGCGUGGAUGCUAUUUUCUUUUAUGAGACAGAGUCUCCUAAUUUCAACCCGUCAGUUAGACACUUGGGGAACAGAAUCAAUUGGACGAUCACAUAUCGUCAGGACAGUACGAUUGCAUAUCCCUUCCAGAAAUAUGAAUAUUUUAUCGAUUCAGUAAGGCAGAGAAAACAAUACUUAAAUUAUGCCAAGGGAAAAACAAAGAAGGUUGCUUGGUUCACUUCCAAUUGCUGUCCUAGCAAUGAUCGAAGGGGCUAUGCUGAGGAACUUGGAAAAUAUAUCCAGGUGGAUAUUUAUGGUGUUUGUGGUGCAAAAACCUGUACAAAAAAUUCGAUAUGUUUCGAAAUGUUAGAAAAAGAAUAUAAAUUUUACUUGGCAUUUGAAAAUUCCAACUGUAGAGAUUAUAUUACUGAGAAACUCUUGCGCAACGCUUUGCAACACAAUGUUAUUCCAAUUGUAAUGGGUGCCCAUCCAGAUGAUUACCGCAGAGUAGCACCUGAGAAUUCAUACAUCCACUACGAGGAUUUCCAGUCAGCGAAAGAAUUAGCAGCUUACCUGCAUAAACUUGAUAAAAAUGAUACUCUUUAUAAUGAGUAUUUCAAAUGGAAAGGAACAGGAAAAUUUUACUAUAUCGACCUUUGGUGUCAUGUUUGUUCGAUGUUGCACCAUGCUUUAGACGAUAAGAAACAAAUCUGGUAUGAAGACUUUGGUGCUUGGUAUGCAGGGAAAGGCGUGUGUAUUGGAAUGGACCGGUGGACAUAAGACAUUGGGGAUCUUUUCCGUUUGAACGGCAGUUUUUUAAAAUAAUUUCUACGAAACUAAACACUUUUAAACUUCGUAUACUGGUAGAAUGUGUUUAUAAAACAUCUUUUUCUCUUGGCUUUAUUGAGAAAA